AUGGGUCGUCCAGACGGUCCUCGCGAUCCUAUCGCUGGUCCCGAUACACCACAACCGCCAUUCCCAAUAAAGCUCCGAGGACCAGUAGUCAAGGGUUUCGGACGCGGAAGUAAAGAGCUAGGCAUACCAACCGCCAACAUCCCCCUCUCGGGCCUUAGCAUAGGCGGCCACGACGAGCUAGAAUCCGGCAUCUACUAUGGCUGGUGCACCCUCGACACAUCCUCGAUUGCCUCCUCCACAACCUCUUCCAGCGUCCCCAGCGCCACAGACGAUACUUCCGUCCCCAGCCAAUCCUCCUCCCAUGCCGUGUCAGACCUCGAAUAUUCGUCCGAGACCCCUACCCCAGCAACCAUCUACCCUACCGUCCUGUCUAUCGGCUACAAUCCAUACUACAAGAACACGCAACGUAGCAUCGAGAUUCACAUCUUACAUAACUUCAAGCAAGACUUUUAUGGCGCGACUCUCAGUCUGAUGAUACUAGGGUUCAUACGGCCAGAGUACGAUUACGUGAGUAAGGACGCGUUGGUGGAGGAUAUCAGGGAGGAUAUUCGAGUUGCGCAGAGGAGUUUGGCAAGAGGGGGGUAUGAGGCUUGGAAGAAGGAUGAGUGGUUGAGGGGUGGCGAGGAUACAAAUAUUAACUGGAAUCAGGCGGGGCAGAAGGACGGAGUGGGGAUUUCGCAGAUGAUGAAUUAG